AUGGAGCAAACGAGGAAGCUAGUGAAAGGUGUUUUGAAGAACAGCAACAAUCCGAGAUUGGCAUGGCAUCUUUUAAAGCGCAUCCUUUCUUCUCCUUCGUCUUCGUUAUCCACUUCUACUACUACUCAUCAUCUUGUUGCUACCAUGACACGUGUCCUUGUUGGCGCUAACAUGCAGCGCGAAAUCGAUGAACUCCACGAACUCAUCGUGGCGUCGCAGGUCAACCACAUUGCCCAUUCUUGCAUCAUUUCCCUGGUUCGAGUUUUGGCACAAUCGGGUCACAUCGACAGGGCUUUCUCGCACUUCAAAUCCCUCAGAACCCAAUUCCCUGCACUUCCUCCUUCACUUUCCUCGUACCACUUGCUCCUCCACUUAACCCUCAAACAAAACCGUUCAGAUUUCGUCAAGUGGUUAUACACCGACAUGAUCGCCGCUGGUGUUAAGCCACAAACCUACACUUUCAAUCUCUUGAUUCAAUCCUUGUGUGAAUCCGGCGCUCUUGAUCAUGCUCGUGAACUGUUUGAUAGAAUGUCUGAAAAAGGGUGUCAACCCAAUGAGUUCACUUUUGGGAUUUUGGUUCGCGGGUUUUGUAGAGCCGGCCUCGUCAAUCAAGCCUUGGAGCUUGUUAACAAGGAAAAUCACAAUGCUAAUAGAGUUGUGUACAAUACUCUGGUUUCUAGCUUUUGUAGAAGGGAUCUUACUGAUGAAGCUGAGAAAUUGGUUGGGAGGAUGAGAGAGAAGGGUAUGUUGCCGGAUGUUGUUACCUUUAACUCUAGGAUAUCAGCACUUUGUAGAGCCGGGAAAGUUUUAGAGGCGUCGAGGAUUUUCAGAGAUAUGCAGGUGGAUGAAGAGUUGGGAGUUCCCAGGCCUAAUAUCAUAACUUUUAACUUGAUGCUUAAGGGAUUCUGCAAGCAAGGUAUGCUGGAGGAUGCUAGGUCUUUGGUUGAGACCAUGAAGAAAAUUGGUAAUUUUGUCACUUUGGAAAGUUAUAAUAUAUGGUUGUUUGGGUUGCUUAGAAAUGGAAAAUUAUCGGAAGCUUGGUUAGUUCUUAAUGAAAUGGUAGCCGAAGGCAUUGAACCAAAUGCUUAUUCAUAUAACAUUAUGAUGGAUGGGCUGUGCAGGAACCAUAUGCUGUCAGAUGCCAGAAGGUUGGUGGAUUUGAUGAUCAACAAUGGUGUUUACCCGGAUACUGUUACUUAUAGUAUUCUCCUCCAUGGGUACUGUAGCAAAGGGAAGGUUUUUGAAGCUAAAACUGUUCUUCAUGAAAUGAUAAGGAAUGGCUGUCACCCAAAUACUUAUACCUGCAACACAUUGCUGCAUAGCCUGUGGAAAGAGAAGAGAACACUAGAAGCAGAGGAGUUUCUGCAAAAGAUGAAUGAAAAACACUAUCAAUUAGAUACUGUGACCUGCAAUAUUGUGGUCAAUGGUCUCUGUAGAAAUGGAGAGCUGGAUAAAGCAAUUGAAAUUGUAAGUGAGAUGUGGACUGAUGGACCAACUUCCCUUGGUAAAGGAAACACAUUUGCCAGCCUAGUUAAUUCAAUCCAUAAUGUAUCAAACAGCUUGCCUGAUGUAAUCACAUAUACAACCAUAAUUAAUGGACUUUGUAAGGUUGGAAGGCUAGAGGAAGCCAAAAAAAAAUUUAUUGAGAUGAUGGCAAAAAACUUGCACCCGGAUUCUAUGACCUAUGACACGUUCAUUUGGAGUUUCUGUAAACAAGGGAAGAUAUCAUCGGCCUUCCGUGUCCUGAAGGAUAUGGAGAGAAAUGGUUGCAACAACACUCUUCGAACUUAUAAUUCAUUGAUCCUGGGCUUAGGAAGUAAAAGGCAAAUAUUUGAAAUAUACGGAUUGAUGGAUGAGAUGAGAGAAAAAGGGAUAAGUCCUGAUAUUUGCACUUAUAAUAACAUAAUUAGUUGUCUUUGUGAAGUAGGGAAAACAAAGGAUGCCACUUCUCUUUUACAUGAAAUGUUGGAUAAGGGCAUAUUUCCCAAUAUAUCUUCCUUCAAAAUAUUGAUUAAAGCCUUCAGCAAGUCUACUGAUUUUAAAGUAGCAUGUGAACUAUUUGAGGUAGCUUUGAGUAUAUGUGGCCACAAAGAAGCCUUGUACAGUUUGAUGUUCAACGAAUUACUUGCUGGAGGACAACUCUCUGAAGCAAAGGAGCUAUUUGAAGCCUCGUUAGAUCGAUUUUUCACAUUGAAGAAUUUCAUGUAUAAAGAAUUGAUUGACAGACUUUGCCAGGACGAAAGAUUAGAUGAUGCUAAUGGCCUUCUUCAUAAAUUGAUUGAUAAGGGGUAUGGCUUCAACCAUUCAUCAUUCAUGCCUGUAAUUGAUGGCCUAAGUAAAAGGGGGAACAAGCAACAAGCUGAUGAACUAGCAAAGAAGAUGAUGGAAUUGGCUUUAGAAGAUAGAGCUGCUGAUAGGACUUAUCAAAAUAGAAAGAGGAUCGUUCCUGGAAAACUACAUAAGGAUGGUGGAAGUGACUGGCAGGAUAUAAUUAACAGGGAUGGUGGCAGUGGAAUUGCAUUGAAAACUCUGAAGCAUGUGCAGAAUGGCUGGGGUCAAGGAAGUAUAUCGAGUUUGCUGCCUCAGCAGAAGGAUUUUCUUGAUUACUAAGAUGGUGGUGGUUAAUUGUUUUUUUUUUUUU